GCGAACCCGAGCACGUGGGCGGGCCCUGAGCCUCUCCCUAGGCUCCGCUCCCCUGGGCCUGCGCGCGGGCGCAUUGAGGUGGUGAGGGCUGAGAGAGGAGACCACCCCAAGUGCUCAGAGGGUACUGGGGAAUGCUCCCCCUCGUCCGGGCUAGUGUCCCUUUUGUCUGUCCGGUAAAUUCCACCCUGUCGCUUUAAGGCUUAAGUCUCUGGCCCCAACGCGGUGGAAAGCCCGAAGCAGCGCUCUGAUUGGGCGGGGCAUCAUGGUGACGUUACUCCGGGUACAAAUGGGCCCCGGUGGCGGGCGCCCGGGCAGAGCGUCCUAGGGGUGUUACGGCGUCUGUCUGCGUGAGGAGAGAAAGCGUGAGCAAGCGCGCAGUCCGAAGUGCAUCUGCUCAGCAGGGAAGUCCCCACCGUCGAGUCGCCAUGGAGGUGCAAAAGGAGGCGCAACGCAUUAUGACCCUGUCGGUGUGGAAAAUGUACCAUUCGCGCAUGCAGCGCGGAGGGCUGCGGCUGCACCGGAGUCUGCAGCUGUCUCUGGUCAUGCGUAGCGCCCGGGAGCUUUACCUCUCGGCCAAGGUGGAAGCCCACGAGCAGCCCGAGGUGCCCUCGCCGGUCGCCCGCUCCCCUGACCCUCGCCUGCACCCACCGCGGGAAGCACCAACCGCCCCGGAAGCAGCGUCCACCGACGGUGAGCAGCCCUGCCCAGAGCCCAUGGACACUCAGGAGGCGCCGAAAGCCGAGGAGACCCCUGCCCGCUGUGCCCCGAGACCCGCCAAAGUCAGCCGCAAGCGGCGGAGCAGCAGCCUCAGCGACGGCGGGGAUGCCGGACUGGUCCCGAGCAAGAAAGCCCGUCUAGAAAAGGAGGACGCGGAGGAAGGGGAGUCUGCGGAGGUCCCCGAUCGCCUGCAGGCCCCUCCCGCGCAAGCGGAAGGUGCCUUCCCCAAUCUGGCGCGGGUCCUCCAGAGGCGCUUCUCUGGCCUCCUGAACUGCAGCCCCUCCGCGCCCCCGACAGCGCCUCCGCCGCCGGCUUGCGAGGCGAAGCCGGCCUGCCGCUCGGCGGAUAGCAUGCUGAACGUGCUCGUCCGGGCCGUGGUGGCUUUCUGAGGGCCCCCGAGCGCCGCUGCCGGAGUCCAGAGCGCGGGCCGAGCCGACGGCCCGAGUACACACACCCGAAGCCAGGCCACCCCCGCGGGAAGGCCCGCGGAAACGGUGGAGAGGAGCCGCGGCCCGGGAAGCUGUCGCCACCGUGUGCAGUGGCGGCGCCAAGGAACCUGAGCCGGGGCUGGGGCGCCCUCCUCCGAGACCGGCCGCGCCCACAGGUGCUGUCUUAACCGACGGGGACGUGGCCUUUCCGUCUCCUUCUGGGACUGGGUGAGGGGGGUCAGGUUCCUGACACCCCUCAGGGUCGGACUUUAUUUUUCACGGGGGGCUGUGCUGCCCUUUCGAGGUUUUUCGAUAGUUGGUGUCCUCGUUCCCAGCGCGGCAUUCCAGGCACCC